AUGACAGGUCCCGCGAACAAACGGCAGAAACGCGAAGAUUACAAGAGAGCCCAAGAAAGCUUGCGGGCUGGGAGCGAUGGUGCUACAGGGGGCGGCAAGAUCGAACUGCCCAAGAAAAAGUUCUAUCGACAGCGCGCGCACGCAAAUCCCUUUUCGGACCAUGCUUUGACAUAUCCUACCAGUCCUGCCGAUAUGGACUGGACUCGCCAUUACCCUGCUUUCGCAAUCGGCCAGACGCAAGAUGGCAAACACGGCGGCGCGAUGACCAGGGAAGUGGAGGUUGCGGAUAUCGGCUGCGGAUUCGGCGGGCUUCUGGUAGCUUUGUCACCUUUGUUAUCAGAGACCUUGAUGCUUGGCAUGGAGUUGCGGAGUCAAGUCACCGACUACGUAGUCGACCGAAUAGCUGCUCUACGCACACAGAACCAGACUCUGUCCGGCACAAGUGACAGCAGAGUUGGACUCUACCAGAAUAUUUCGGCUCUUCGCACAAACACCAUGAAGUUUCUUCCAAACUACUUCCACAGCGCCCAGCUGUCCAAGAUAUUCCUCUGCUUCCCAGAUCCGCACUUCAAACAGCGGAAGCACAAGGCUCGGAUUGUUUCUGCACAGCUCAACGCCGAGUAUGCGUUCGUCACAAAGCCUGGUGGUCUAGUGUAUACCAUUACGGAUGUUGAAGAGCUGCAUCACUGGAUGGUCAAGCACUUUGACGGUGAGGAGGCCGGUGAUGCAAGGGACUUGUGGAAGCGAGUAUCGCAGGACGAUCUGGACUCAGACCCUUGCGUCAAGGUCAUGAGCGAGGAAACAGAAGAGUCUAAAAAAGUCACGAGGAAUGGUGGAAGGAAGUUCGUCGCUGUGUUCCAAAGGAAGGAAGACCCGGAAUGGCCAGAUUAA